UUUGGUUUGGUUUGGAAACAAGUUGAAGCCCACAAGCUUCGCUGUUUGCUUUCUCUUGAAUAUCUUACUUUUAUUUAUCGUCUUACUUUCUGCCUCUGCCCCACCCAUCCUUAAAAAAAACCAGCAAAUCUGACAGUUUCUGGGGCUAAAUGAGAAGUCUCAUCAAGGUACCCCCAUAUUGCUGUUAUGUUUUCUCCUGCUGAGGCUGAACUCAUGGCCGCGAUGGGCACAGGGAGAAAGGCUGGAGGCUAACGUGUCCCGGUCCCUGGGCUUCCUGAGGGUCAUUCAUGCUCCACCGACUUGCAGAGCAGCUGGGCUGUGCGCUCUGCUGCUGCUGGCUGCGCGGCGCGGCCCCGGGAGUCAGUCAUGGACCGCUUCCUGGGAUUCGUCAAGCAGAUUCGGAGAUCUAGGAGAAGAAAGGGGAAAAAGUACCGUCCGGAAGAGGAUUACCAGGAGGGCUAUGAGGAUGUCUAUUACUACGCUUCUGAGCAUUUCCGAAAUGAGAGUCCCUACACUAAAUCUGCCAGCCAGACAAAGCCGCCUGACGGAGCAUUGGCUGUGAGGAGACAGAGCAUCCCAGAAGAGUUCAAGGGCUCCACUGUGGUGGAGCUGAUGAAGAAGGAGGGCACCACGCUCGGGUUGACGGUAUCAGGAGGAAUCGACAAGGAUGGCAGGCCAAGAGUGUCCAACCUGCGGCAGGGAGGAAUUGCUGCCAGAAGUGACCAGCUGGAUGUGGGCGACUACAUCAAAGCCGUGAACGGAAUCAACCUGGCCAAAUUCCGCCACGACGAGAUCAUCAGCUUGCUGAAAAAUGUCGGGGAAAGAGUGGUCCUGGAGGUGGAGUAUGAGCUCCCACCAGUCUCUGUACAAGGGCCGAGUGUUAUGUUCCGAACAGUGGAGGUCACUUUGCACAAGGAAGGCAACACCUUCGGUUUUGUCAUACGAGGGGGAGCACACGAUGACAGAAAUAAGUCUCGUCCGGUUGUGAUAACCUGUGUCCGUCCCGGAGGGCCUGCUGACAGAGAGGGCACCAUCAAACCUGGAGACAGGUUGCUCAGUGUGGACGGAAUUCGGCUUCUUGGAACCACCCAUGCUGAGGCCAUGAGCAUUCUUAAGCAGUGUGGACAAGAGGCGACGCUCCUGAUAGAAUACGAUGUCUCCGUGAUGGAUUCUGUGGCAACAGCAUCCGGGCCACUACUAGUUGAAGUUGCCAAAACUCCUGGCGCCAGCCUUGGGGUUGCCCUGACUACCUCAGUGUGCUGUAACAAACAGGUCAUCGUCAUAGACAAAAUCAAAUCUGCAAGUAUUGCAGACAGAUGUGGGGCGCUACAUGUGGGCGACCAUAUCCUCUCCAUUGAUGGCACGAGCAUGGAGUACUGUACGCUCGCAGAAGCGACCCAGUUCCUGGCCAACACCACCGACCAGGUCAAGCUGGAGAUCCUCCCGCACCAUCAGACCCGCCUGGCCCUGAAGGGACCUGACCACGUGAAAAUUCAAAGGAGCAGCAGACAACUUCCCUGGGAUUCCUGGGCCAGCAACCAGAGCAGCCUGCACACCAACCAUCACCAUAAUCCGUACCACCCAGACCAUUGCAGAGUGCCGGCCCUGACUUUCCCGAAAGCGCCUCCUCCAAACAGUCCUCCGGCGAUGGUGUCCUCGUCUUCUCCUACCUCCAUGAGCGCAUACAGCCUGAGUUCCCUGAACAUGGGGACCUUACCUCGAAGCCUCUACUCCACCAGCCCAAGAGGAACCAUGAUGAGGAGGAGGCUGAAAAAGAAAGACUUCAAAAGCUCACUGUCUUUAGCCUCUAGCACUGUGGGAUUGGCUGGACAGGUGGUUCACACGGAAACCACAGAGGUUGUGCUGACGGCCGAUCCUGUCACGGGCUUUGGAAUCCAACUGCAGGGCAGCGUGUUUGCCACAGAGACGCUCUCCUCGCCGCCUCUGAUUUCCUAUAUUGAAGCUGACAGCCCAGCAGAGAGAUGUGGGGUGCUGCAGAUUGGAGACAGAGUCAUGGCCAUUAACGGAAUUCCGACGGAAGACAGUACCUUCGAGGAAGCCAAUCAGCUCCUGCGAGACUCUUCCAUCACAAGCAAAGUCACACUGGAAAUUGAGUUUGAUGUUGCAGAGUCUGUCAUCCCAAGUAGUGGAACAUUUCACGUAAAACUGCCUAAGAAGCACAGCGUGGAGCUCGGGAUAACCAUCAGUUCACCAUCCAGUAGAAAACCUGGGGACCCUCUUGUCAUUUCAGAUAUCAAGAAGGGCAGUGUGGCACACAGAACUGGAACGCUGGAACUUGGGGAUAAGUUGCUCGCGAUAGAUAACAUCCGGCUGGACAACUGUUCCAUGGAAGACGCAGUCCAGAUCCUCCAGCAGUGUGAAGACCUGGUGAAGCUCAAAAUCCGCAAGGAUGAAGAUAACUCAGAUGAGCAAGAAAGUUCCGGAGCGAUUAUUUAUACGGUGGAGCUGAAGCGCUAUGGGGGGCCCCUUGGCAUCACAAUUUCAGGAACUGAAGAGCCGUUUGAUCCUAUAAUCAUCUCAAGCCUCACUAAAGGGGGAUUAGCUGAAAGGACUGGAGCGAUCCACAUCGGAGAUCGAAUUCUAGCCAUCAAUAGCAGCAGCUUGAAGGGAAAGCCUCUGAGUGAAGCCAUCCACUUGCUACAGAUGGCAGGAGAGACUGUAACCCUGAAAAUUAAGAAACAGACAGAUGCCCAAUCAGCAUCAAGUCCCAAGAAGUUCCCCAUCCCCAGCCACUCGAGUGACCUGGGAGAUGGUGAAGAGGACUCCUCCCCAAUACAGAAGCCUGGCAAGCUCUCCGAUGUGUACCCCUCCACGGUGCCCAGUGUGGACAGUGCUGUGGACUCCUGGGAUGGGUCUGGAAUUGAUGCCAGCUAUGGGAGUCAAGGCUCCACUUUUCAGACUUCAGGAUACAAUUUCAACACCUAUGACUGGAGGAGUCCGAAACAAAGAGGCAGCCUGUCCCCGGUCCCCAAGCCUCGAAGCCAGACUUAUCCAGACGUGGGGCUGAGUAAUGAAGACUGGGAUCGGUCCACAGCCAGCGGCUUCGCAGGGGCCUCUGACAGUGCAGAGGCUGAACAAGAGGAAAACUUCUGGUCUCAAGCACUGGAGGACCUGGAGACCUGCGGCCAGUCGGGGAUCCUGAGAGAGCUUGAGGAGAAAGCUGACAGGCGUGUGUCAUUGAGAAACAUGACUCUCUUGGCCACAAUCAUGUCGGGGAGCACCAUGAGUUUGAAUCAUGAGGCUCCAACGGCCCGCAGUCAGCUGGGGCGGCAGGCCAGCUUCCAGGAGCGGAGCAGUUCACGGCCACACUACAGCCAAACAACUCGCAGUAACACCCUGCCCUCAGACGUGGGCAGGAAGUCGGUAACCCUGAGGAAAAUGAAGCAAGAAAUAAAGGAGAUCAUGUCCCCAACUCCCGUGGAGCUUCACAAGGUGACCUUAUACAAGGACUCCGGCAUGGAGGACUUCGGGUUCAGUGUGGCAGACGGCCUGCUGGAGAAAGGAGUGUAUGUCAAAAAUAUCCGCCCAGCCGGGCCAGGGGAUCUCGGCGGCUUGAAGCCCUAUGACAGGCUCUUACAGGUUAACCACGUCCGGACCAGGGAUUUUGACUGCUGUCUGGUAGUGCCGCUCAUAGCCGAAUCUGGCAACAAGCUGGACCUGGUCAUUAGCAGAAACCCACUGGCCUCCCAGAAGUCAAUGGAGCAGCAGGCUCUUCCAGGAGACUGGAGCGAACAGAACAGCGCUUUCUUCCAACAGCCCAGCCACGGUGGUAAUCUAGAGACACGAGAACCCACUAACACAUUAUAGCAGCACUUUUUAUAAAGCGGGACAAAAAGACAAUAUCUACAUGGUGCUAAAAAAAAUCCCUUUAAGAUUUCUGUGACGGCCAAAGCACAGAGAAUCACGUGGCAUUAACCGCAAGCACAGAGGUCUUUUAAAUCUCCUCCCUCACGGCUCAUGUUCACACCCCUUCCCAACCUGAAGAGGUUUCUUUGACAAUGACCGCUACCCUUAAGUGGCAGGUCAUUCUCUGCCAGGCCCAAUGGUAGAAAGCAGCCCACCCCUUCCCACAACUAAGAUCAGAGGAAACUCUUUACCAUUCACCUUACUUUUUACAAAGAGAAACAUCCGCUGGACAAUAUUCUCUAUGAUAAUUUCCUUAAUGAAAUAAGUUCCUCACUAUGAAGUCAUUAACGUAAGAACAGAAGCAACCUGGAUUUCCAUAAAGCCGGCCCUGCUCGGGAAGCUGGGAUGGGUGAACUGCCAGGCCUGCUGGAGGGGGAGGGGCACAGGUAUAGCAUUAGAUGUUCUUAAACGGUUUCAGCAACAAUGCACGUAGGAGAUCAUAAUAGGUGGGGGUAAACGUUUUGCCCAAAUAUAGGAAUGAUUUUAACUAAGAUGUAUGCUAUUCCCUAUGCAACAGAUGAUCAAACAGGAUAUGUCUUGUGACCUGUUUUUUUUUUUUUCUUUCCCCCUUAAGGACACAUUUUUUUU